AUUGAAUUUGAACGCGUUUCAGAUCCAGGAGAAAAUGUUAAAGAAAUAUUAAGGAAUGUUGUUGCUCAACAUGGAGUUACAAGCAGUCGUAAAACAGCAUAUCUUAACAGUUUUGUCAAGCUAAUUAAAUAUGUUGGUUAUAAUAAUGGCUUGGGUAUACCCAUUCCUGACAUAUUGGCUUGGUAAGUGAUGUUGUUAUAACUUUUUGUUGUCUGCACGUUCAAAUGUUUUACCAUAUUACAUCAUUUAAUGUCCAUUGUUUAUCAUUUAACCUCUUCAGUGUAAGUAGAAAGCAAUCAUAUUUUAAAUCCAGCAAUCAGUUGCUAUAAUAUUAAUUUUAAUUAGAAUCAAUUAAGCAUUAAAGAAUAAAAUAAUUUGGCAAUUAUUCAUUAAUUUAAUGAUACAUUUUUUUAAAUUCAAAAAUUAUGUUUUGAAAAGUUACUUUAUUAUUAUAAAAGUAAGGUGAAAGCUUAUUUAAUAUAUUUAAAAUUUACGAGAGGGUUUGACAAUUUCCAGAACCCCAGCCGAUAAUAACCAAGGCAUGAUGGUACAUAAUAAUGUAAACUUAGUAGUUAAAAUGCUACUAAUGGGCAUCAGGCUCAAAGUACCACAAACAAAUAAGAAGAGGAAGGAAAAAUUGGAAGUGUUUUAAAGCACAAAUUAUCUGCAUAAAUAAUUAUUCCUUUACACCAUACUUUAGUACAAAUGUCACAUGUGUUUAUGACCUAACAUCUAACAAGUUACUGCCCUUGAAGAUCAAUGCUUGUGAUAUAAUCUGCAGCCUUGAAAUCAGUCUUCUGAAUGACGCCAAGCAGGUUCGAACAGCAUCACUUAGAGUUAUUCGCUACCUCUUGCCUUAUGAAGAAACUUUGGACACAUUCUUACUUUUACAUUUUGAUUUUUUAGUUGCAAGGUAAAUAUGAUAAAUAAAACAAAGUGCAUUUAAAAAUAAUUGUUGUUUAAAAUAAGUAAAUGCGAAAAGCUAAAUAAAAACACCAAAUAACAUAUGAUCAGUAUUUUCAAUGGAUCGGAUAUUAUGUUGUAGUUGUUUGAGUGCAGCAGGAGAUUUAAUAUGAUGCAGUAUUUAUAAUAAUUUAAUGUAUAGAAAUGAGCACGCUUCAAUGUUAUUACAUUAUCAAUUCCAUGUACUUAAUGGUCUGCUCAAGUAUGGAAAAUCAAUAGAAAGCAGAUAGCUUGACUCUUUCUCUCCGGAAUUAUUUUCCGUGUUCUGCGUUUUUGUAACGCACUACUAUGUUGUCUCUAAACCUUCAUAACUUUUUUGUUUUUCAUCAGAAAGUGCUAAGUUUGGUAUGGAAUUAAAGGAGAAUGUAUGCCCUUUGCGAGCAAACCAGACUUGGGUUUACAUUUUCAGACCUGUUUACCCUCAAACUCUUAAAAUCGUACAAUAUCAUCACAAAAUCAAUCAAUACAUUAUCUUAAUAGUAAACUAAACAUCAGUAUAUAUAAUGUAUACACCUCAUAAUCGUUCAUUUUACGCCAAAAUCGUACGAGUAAACAGGUCUGCAUUUUAAUAAAUAAAUGUGAUUAUCAUUUCAGAAAAAUAAAAAUUAAAAAAAAAACCUACCAACUGUUCACAAAACGCUCAUUCCAAGUCACACGAGGAGAAAUAUAUAGUCCAAAGUGUAACAAAAAAGUUUUUUUCUGAACUAUAUCCAUAUGUGCAUCACACAUAAUAAAGAUCAACUUAAAAAACGAAUAAAAUUAAACCUCAGAGCACAUUAUCCAUUGUCACCGUCACACAAAAAAUUUGCAAAAUUUUUUUUACUAUUUCCACUAGAAACAAUUUGUUGCUAUUAUAAAAUAUUUGCACUGUAUUCUUGUAUGUACUAACAUUUAUAAUGGUAAAUGGAACAUUUACCAUACAUUUGUCAUAUCUUUUCAUCUGUAUUUAGCUAUGGUAAGCCUAAAAACAAUUCAUAUUGAUGUGCACUUUAGCUGGGGGAGGGGCUGGUUGUUCAUCAGCUGAUGAAUUACCAAUUUCAUUAUUUCGUUUCUACUUAUACUAGUUGUAGGAUUAUAAUCAUAUUAUUCAAAGGAAUCAGCUUCUGCAUUUGAAAUAAUAAAAUCACUGAAUCAUCAUCAGAGUAAUAUUUUCAACCGUUAUUAGAUCGAUCACCAGAGGGGUCAGGUCAAGAUUUCAUGUUUGUAAACAAAAAUAAAAUGGACAAUCAAAACAACCGCUUCAAACAAUUCGUUCUUCGUUCAAACACAGAAAACCAGAUGUUUAUCGCAGGGAAAUCAUUCUAGAAUUGAUUUAAAAUAACUAAAUACCAAUAGCUAAGAAAAGAACCGAAAUAAACAGGUUUGCCAACGCCGAUACGCCAAAAUCUUCAUUUCAAAUUGACAAUGGGAGCGUUGUUCCGGAGAGAAAGAGUUAAGUAACAAUCACCAAGAUGAAUUUAGCACAGAGAAAACUGGAUUCAAAAAUGUUUUUUAUGUUUGAUCACCAGAUGUCUUGAUGUUAGUCUUGAUAACGAAAUUGAACGAAUCCAUGCAGUAAAGCUGAUCAGGCAAAUCAUCAAAUCCGCACCUUUAAAAUUUCCAAAGUCGUUGCUGUAUGUGUUAGUUGCUAUUGGCAAUGAUGGAGCAAGUGAGAGAGACAGGAUGGUCAGAGUGGCACUUGAGACAAUAUGUGAACUAGGUUUGUUUCCCAUUUUUAAAAUUUGUGUGACACCCAGGAUAAAGUUUCCAUCUUCAUAAAUGAUACAGUGCCAGUUGAAUUUUUAUAGCUAAUGAUAAUAAAAAUCUUGAAUACUAAAAAAAAUCUUGAAAACUAAAAGAAAAACAUUUUUCUCCCUCAUUUGUGUAAAUAAUGUGUGAAGCAGUCACCCAAUAUUAAAAAAAUAAAAUAAUGUCUUAAGAUAUAAUAAAAAGUCACCAGACUUGAAGUUUCCUUUUAUUAUGGAAAAAAUGACCAGCAUUUUGAGAGAAGCUUUCAUGUUUUCCCACCAAAUCUUAUUUUAGCUGAGUAGUAGAGGGAGGGAAUCGUAUUGGAUUUACAAUUAUGUUUCAAGUUAUCUUUUUUUAAAUUAUUAUGCUCCACAGCUUUUUCUAAUGUUGAUCUAGUGGCUAAAUGUGGAGGCAUACAGACACUGAUCUGGAACAUAUUGGACUGUCACCAGUAUCCACGACUUAACGAAGCAUUAACUUCCACUAUCAUAUUUCUGCUCAAUCAUCCCCACACCCGACACUUCAUCCGUCCACAGGUGGAUCUAGAGGUCAGUGGAUUGUAGUUAUGGACUCUUCAAUAAUUUAAUGUUCUAUAAAUUUACAUUCCUCAACUCUUUUCAAUUCUCUUAUAUAAAAAGCAUAACUAUAUAUGCCGGUUAUCUUUUCUCACAAAAUUAUUUUCUUUUUCCAAAAAUAACAAAGUGAGGUGAUAUGUGGUGGAUAAGAGAUAAUGAAAUUUUUUUUUUAACUGAUCGGGGCAGAGAUAAAUAAAAUAGUCUAUUUAUUUCAAAUUAUCUGACAGGAUAUUGGAUUUUCUUAUGUGAACAGUAAAAUAAAAACAGAUUGUAAAGACAAUCCAAUAUUGUUAAACUAUACAAUUCAUUCCUUUUGGGAGCAGUUGAUAAAUUGAUAUCUCAUCCCAAGGAAAUCAAAACGGUACUGGAUAACCCCUUUUUACAUUUGCUAAUCUUAGUAAUAUUGCCAGCUAUAAUCUCUGCAGAAUUGUUGAAAUGUUGAAAAGAAAGCUACCUAAUCGCUAACUCUAAAUUGAUUUCAUAGAGGAACUUGUUUGAGCAUUGGGUGGAUUACUUAAACUGAUAUUGUUCCAAGUGCCUUAAAUAAAAUUUCACAAUAUUCAAAAGAAUGCAUCCAUUAGUUCCUUAAUAUACAGAUUUAAAAAGAAAUUGUAAAGUGUGGUAUAAAUUUGGAAUCCAAAAAAGAAAAAAAAUGUUUUAAAUAUUAAAAAUCCACAAUAAAAAGUAGCAUAUGUGACACUCACCUUUGCUUUAAAAAAAACAAAAACUAAGAAUGAGUAACAUAAAUUUUAAAUUUUCUACUGAUAUGUUUUGUUGUGUGUAAAUAAUUUUAACCUAUAUUUUUUGUGAAUACUUUGUGGAGUGGUUGUGAUUUUAAAAAAAUUAUUUCCCCUUUUUGACAAAUUUUGCAAAAUCUUCUAUUUUUUUGUCAAAUGCUCAUAAAAUGUCCUGAUUUCGUCAUAUGACAUACAAAAAAAUGAAUUUUCUUUUUGAAUAAGCAGAUUUUAUGAAAAAUUCCAGGUAGUUAUUUAAACUAAUUAUGCAUUAUUUUUCUCACAACCUCUAAGUGUUGAACUCAUAUGUUUAGAAAAACAUUCUUUAAACCCUCAUGCAUUUCCCCACACAUUGAUACAUAAAAUCUUGAACUUUCUAAAUGGGUUCUAAAAGUUAUUAAAUCUUCUGUAAAGUCACUUGAAAUCUCAAGAAAAAUGUGAAAAGUUAAAGGAAAGUAAAGAGUGAAAAGUUUAGACUAAAAAUCAUGGCAAACUAAUGAAAAUUUUAUUUUGCAGCGUCUGUUGGCUCCAUUUACUGACAGUCAUUUCCGUUACAGUGUUGAAGAUGGAAGGAGGUUUGCACAUUUUUAACAUCAUUAAAAUUUCUUUAGGUACCAGGUAUACACAUUAAAAAUAUGGAUACAAUUAAGAGAAAAAAUAUGCUGUGAAAAAAUUGUAAAAUUUUAUUACAAACCCUCUUUAACCACUUUAUUACUCCAUUUUAGUGAUGAGAGAGACUCAAGAUUUAUUGCUAGCAAAAUGGCUGUGAUAACUGUAAUGAGAUCUUGGCCAGGUAUUUAAGGUUUCCCUUUAUCUUUUAUUGGAAUAAAUAAAUACGAUUCAUUAGUAUAUUCUCUGCUUGGUUGUAUUUCCAAUAAUAUUAAAUAGAUUUCAAAUUUUUUACAAAUGGUAAAUCUACUUUCAACAUGUUUAUAUCCCUUCCUUAUGUAUGUCUGAUUUUAUUUAAUCUGUGUUGAACAUCCAUGAGAGCCCACUUCAAAUUAAGGGAUCAAUUUCAUUGACAGGUCUUAUACGGCUGUGUCAUCCAGAGGGAUCUGGUAUGCAGUCCCUAAUAGGAAUACUUUAUCUUCCUUACGUAGAAAUUAGGGUGAGACAUUUUUAAAUAUUGAAGAUGUAUAAUCAAUAUAUGUCUUAUUAUAGUUCACAAAUUCCUUUCUUUUAUAUAACAUAUAUAUGUACAAUUAUUUUUUUUACAUUCAACCAUUGAAAGAGAAAGUGAAUCUAUGAAAAGUGACAUUUUAUUUGUUUUCUCCUCUUACAAAGUAUUGGUAUUAAAUUUUGUAGAUUUAUGUAGCUUCAUUUUAUUUUAUAACUACAGAAAUAUGUUUUAGAAGUGAUCUCUGACUUAUUCCGUCUAUCACUGCCAGUAUGGGCAGAGGACUUUGGAUCUGCUUUUGCAAGUGUUGGUGAGUGAUAAAAUGAUGAGCUUUCAUUAAAACUUAGCAUUUUUAUUUUAUGUCUUUACAUCUGCUUACUCAUUAUAAUUAUAUUCCUGUACUUGUGAUCAAGAUAAUUAAGCAGUCCUACACUAUGAUUUAAAAAUAAAUAUAUUUUAUCAAUGGUUAGCUGGAAUCAUAAAAACUGUCUUAAUUCCAUACAAAUCUACCUGCAGAUCCCAGUGAAAUGAAAGAUGUUUGGAAACUGACAGAAGACUUUGUAGCAGAAGAGGGUCGUGCUAUUCUUCCUCACAUAUCUCAAACAAGGUAUUUUUUCAGUUUAAAAUAUAUUAAUAAUUAACUUAAACUAAAAAACAACAUAUCUUUGGAUUGGAUAUUGGAACGUAAUAAGCCUGCAUAGAGCAGGAACCUUAGCCAUUCUGAUAGAUGAACUUAAAAAAAAAAAAUUCUAUUGCUGCAUUGCAAGAAAUUCAAUUAAAAAAUUCAGACAUCCUAGACCAUAUUUCAUAGUGGCAACAACACCAGCACUCUUUGGGAUAGGAUGUGAUGUCAAAAAGAAGCUGUCAGCACAGUAAUAGGUUUUAAGCAAGAAAAUGCAAAAUGUGCUCUUUGCGUGUGCCAGGGAAAAUGUUCAACAUAAUAUUUAUAAAUGUUCAUGCUCCUACCCAAAACACAGAAGGUCAGAUAAAAGAAACCUGAUACUAGAUGCUGGAAAAGUUGUAUGAUGAGGCACCUUGACACAAUAUUAAAAAGAUGGCUUUAAUGCUAAAAUCUGGAAAGAAAAAGAUGUUAUACCAUUAGCAUGGAGAGUUUACAUGAAAAAUUCAAUAACAAGGGGAUCCAACUCCAAGUCUUUGUCUCUGGAAAAGGGAUGCUAGUUAGCAGGACCAAGUUUCCACACACAAAAAUACAAAAGUUACUAGGAACUCACCAGAUGGAAUCAAGCAGAGAAUAAGCUUAAUACACAAUGGCCAAAACUAACCAAAGAUCCACUAAACCCAAAAGCUUACCACAAUUAAGCACAACUAGAAGCAUCACAUGAGGAAAUAAACAAGGAAAACCUCAUAAAAUUGGGAUAGAAUAACAAAAAAUGCUAUGAAAAUAUCAGCAGAAAAAGUAAUACGUUUUCAACAAACUAACAAUGGAGAAGGGUGGUUUGAUAAUGAAUGAAGUGAGACUGUUUGAAGAGGAACAAGUCAUGAAUGACCCAUGAUACAAAGAGAAAACAGAAAUAUGAAGAAAAUAUCCAAUGAAGCCAGAAAGAAAGCCACGCAAAUGUGAAGUAAGAAAAAAAGGGCACAGGGAAUAUAUAGAUAUCAAGAGAGGGAAAUAUUAGAGGAAGAUAAAAGAUGAAAAAGGAUUCUAAGCCAGACCUCACAUAUAUGAGAGCAAAGAUGGAGAAUAACUUACGGAAAAUAGUUAAGUACUGAAGAGGUGGGCUGAAUAUUAUGAGGAAACUAUGGACAAGAUGAAGAUGAUGAACCACCACAUAAAGGACCAGCCCCUUGAAUAAACUCUCCAACUUAGGAAGAAACUACAAAUGUACAUCAAUUCUAUGAAAAACCACACAGCCCCUGGAGACAACCCCAUCACAGCAGAACUUACUUAAUAUUUAUAGCCAUUUUAAUUGUUUCUAUAGUAUAGUAGUUACUAAUCCUAAUGUCUCAUUUUUAUUUUAGUUAGUUUACAUGUUUUUAAUAAUUGUAAAGCGCUUAGAGCUUUAAGGUAAGUGCUAUAUAAAAAUGCCUAAAUUAAUAAAUAAAUAUUGAAGAAGAGAGCUAAAGUUUCUCCACAUUAUUUAUCUUUGCUUAUGACAACGUUUAUGAGCAUGAUAAUUAUAAAUCAAAAUGAAUGUCACAAAUGAAACAAUUAAAUAAUCAUAGGGGUCCAAAAAAAAAAAAACCAAACAUUUCCAUCCACUUAGUUUUUUUUUUACUUUUACCAAACUAUUUACCUUUGCGUAAGCCUAAUUGUAUGUUUUUUUGUCAAAAUAUUGGAUAUAUUCAUGCAGCUGUGAGCGGUGUUCACAGAGGAUUAGUCAUUAUCAUACCAUGGCAGAAAGAUGUCGAGCAGAAUGAAAUUCAGAAUACCGGCCGCCAGACAGAGUGACAGUUUGACUUAUGGUAGUUAACUGAAAACCUACAUCACUUUUGGCCAAAACUGAAAAUCAAACUAAAGUUAACUUUUCUGUAUUGACCCAAACUGAACUAAGCCGAAAAUGAUAAAAUGGCAAGUUUCUGCACCGAAAACCGAACUUCUGUUGGUCUCUAUUAGAAAAAAUGUUUUGAAAAAGUAAACCUAUUCGAAUAUUUAGGAACCUAGUUAAUCAGUGAAAUGACUUACUAACAGAAAUAAAAGAAAGAAUAUCGUCCGGAAACAGGGCAUACUUCAGUAGUCACAAAAUUUAAAAAAAAUAGUAUUACAAGAAAAACAAACAAAACAAUAUAUAAUAUAUAACUUGGACCUUAGCAAAAACAGCAGAAAACUUUUUAAAUUUGUGGGAGAGAAAAGGUCUCCAUAAAAUACAUGGACUAAGAAAGGAUGAAUAUGGGUGGAGAAUAUGAAACAACCAGGAAAUGUAUGGACUAUAUCAGGAUCCCAUGUGAGUAGCAGAAAUAAAAAAAAGGGACAGGCUGUGUUGGGAUUAACACUUAGAAUUUUAAUGCUUUCUCAUCUUAUUCCUUUUAGGCCGAAUUUAAUAGAGAACCAUUUAGCCCUCUUGUUGUCUGCAUUUUUCACAGCUGGACUAUGUGAGGUAAGACAAUGUUUUAAUGUUUCUAAACAUGUUGAACUUUUGAAAAUUCUGAAAUAUGAAAAAUGAAUUAUUUCUAACUUCAAACAUUAUUCACUCUAGCUGUAAGAAAUGAAAUAAUAGAUUGAUAUAAAAUAUGCCUGUGACACAUAUGAAAUUUUUCUAUCAGGCCUUGAUUGAAGUUGUGAUCACAAGCACUGGUGCUUUAUUUAACAGAGUUGUACUAUUGUUGGGAGAAUUACUUCACAUGGUAAUAAAUAUUUAUUUAAUUCAAAUACUAUGUCAUUUGGAAAGGAAACAAGUAAUAUAUUUAUUUUAUUGCAUAAAUUGUACUUUGGUGAGAACUAAUGCAAAAUUGACUUAAGUGUUGUUUAUAUGUAGGCCAACAGUCUUCUUCCGCAAGAAUGUAUGCAUCAUCAUGAAUGUCUUCCCUCUCUUAUAUCCCUUGCCUCCUCAAGUGAGACAAAUAAAGACAAAAGACAGUAAGUGAGGUGUUUUAUUUGAUCAUUGAGAAUUUGGCCUUUGAUUAUAACCUAACUUAAAGACUAAAGAAUGCAAUUAUUUCAAUUAUUCACGUUAGUUAAUUUUCAAAUGCCAUUUAUAACUUAUUGAAUAAUUCUUAAAAACAUACUAAAACAGUUAGCAAAUUAACUGAUCAUUUAUCAUUGGUGACGGGAUCCUGUGUACCAUGUUUAUUAGUAAAUUAUAUCUUUGUGAGUAUAAAAUAGGAAUUGGGAAUGUGUUAUUUUUUCAAAGGAUCAUGUGUUGUUUUUUUAAUAUUGGCCUUAUAAUUUGUCUCUUCUUUUUAGUCAGGCCUAUCAAGCAGUGAUGUACCUGACUCGUUUUCACAAAAUGAUGAAACGUGGUCGGAGACCUUGUUCUAUAUUUUUAGACCAGUUGUUGCAGCAUGCUGGAAAGAUGUCAGAAGUAACAAGUAAACACUGGUAUUUACGGCGGGAGAAGUUAUCGGAAUACUAUUUCAAAAAGGUAAACAUUAAGUCUGACAGUUUUUAGACCAUGAUUAUAGAUACAGCUACACAUUUGUUGUGGCUCCGACAUAAGCUAUGAUUGUAAUAUAUUUUUUAAUUUCAUCCAUUUUAAGCCACAAUGAACUGUAAUUUCAGGAUAACAAGAGUUACAAACUUUAAAUGUUGUGUCUGCGUCCUUCAAAUUGUUAGGAUCAUUAUUAUCAAUUAUCAGUGCAAAGUUGGUCAAAACUUUGACUUUCAGGUGACUUGUGACGAUAUGACCAAUCAAGCCAUCAGAGACUCCCAAGUGAAUACAACUAAAGCUAACUCUGAUUGGAACUGGUCUGUGAUUGCUGCGAUACUUAAGGUAGAUAUUUGAUUACUUACUAUGUAUAUCAUAUUUACAUUUACUGAUUGUCAUUAGAAUUAGAGGCAUUAGAAUGGUGAAAACAAAGAAUAUAGUCGUCCGAUAUCUUGGGAAAGCAUUACAUAGUGAAUACACUUUCAAAAACAGAAUCAUUGAAGCAUGCCUUGUAAAGCAAACAUUGAAGAUGUAAUAUUUGAUGGUAAAUAUUUUUCAACAUUUUUCAGUGGCCUGAUGAAAAGCUAAAAAAAUUAGAUGAUCAAAAUCAACAUAGGUAAAGUCAAUUUCAUUUUAUUUAUAUUAGGGUUGAUUCCCUUGGAAAGAUAUUUUCUUGGAAUUUAUCCUCUUCAUAUUUUGCAAUCCUUUGGUGUAUAAAGUUUUGUACAAAGACAACCAUAAUAUCAUGUUAGUUUGCAUUGUAGGUUUAAUUUUGCUGUCUGUUUAUUAAAUUUCACUGAUUUUACCCAUUUUAUGCAUAUAAGGAAUGAAGAAUGAUGUAAUUUUUUAAAAUAAUUACUUUCAUAAAAUAUUUUGUCAAAUACAGAUUCAUCAAACGCCUUGUGUUUUAUUACAAGCCAGAGAAUGAUCUGUUUUCCAAGACAGAUAUAAAUGAUCCACACUCCAGGAAGAUUUGCAUUGUUGGAUGCCAUCUCAUUGAUUUUCUUAUAUCUUGUAACUCUGUAAGUAAUGUUAACGCAUUAGCAUGUACUCAAGGAACUAUUUAUAAGAUAUCAACCUUUUGAGAUAGAUUUUCCUUUUAUAGCUACUAACUAUUAUGAAAUUUAAAGAAAGUGAUUGAUUUUUUCCCCCACCUUUGAACAGACAGCUUAAAAAAAUUCACUUGUAAUGGGUGAAUGUCACAAUAAAUAUUUGGGAUAUCCACACAAAAAUGUGUAUAUUUCCCACCCGUAACAGCAGACCUCCACAUCCAGCAUUAUACAGUGCGAGAGCCAAAAUACCAGGAAGCAUUACUAUUUGCUAGAUUUCAAUUUCUAAAUAAAUCUGAUAAUAUAAAUCAUUCAAUUUAAGUCAACCAGACCAGAGAAUAAGAGAUAUUUUUUUUAAAGUCCAAUUGUUUAAAUUUGUUGAUAAAUAGCUAUCAGAUAGUUAUAGUGAUCUCCCUCAAUAGUUUUUAUCAUAUUCUGGGUUGUUUAACCCACAAACUGUCAAAGGCAAACUUGCUGUGGUGUCAACCAUUUGUUAAUAACUUUGAUAAGUAUCACUAAAAUACCCCAAACUAAUAGAAAAUGAAUCCAGAGACCCAAAUAAGUGGAGAUGUUUUGAGAGUAAAUUGGACAAAGAUCAUGUGGAAUGAAUGUUGGAAUUCUGUGAGGCCAUGUGAAAUGAAUAUAACCUUGACCUUUCUACAGUGAGUACAUUGUGCUACUGUUAAUCGUUCUUCACACACCCAAACUGACUGUUGGGUCCAGGUCCUUUUUAUCAUCUAAAUAAGUUUUUCAGACACAUUAAACAUAAUUUUUUUCGGUUUAGAAAAUAUAAAGUUAUUUGGGAUUAUAGAAAUAAAAAAAAAAUUCAUUGAUUACCUUCAUAUUUCUUAAUAUAAUUUAAAUUAAAUUCAUUAGUAUCCUAUUUUACACUACUUCAACAAUUAGAACUUGAACUGCUACUAGUGCUAGCUUCAAUAUCCUAAUUGUCACUACGAUGACUAAUUACAAUAAAACUAUCUUCAACAUCAAUUUUAUAAAGAAAAAAUUGGAAUACAUUAGUACUUUGCCAUGCAGGGGCAACAUCUUAGUCCUACAAGUUAGUUUUAAGUAGAAACAAUACUCUGAAAAAUUCAGCUCAGUUCAAAUUAUAAAAAAACAUAUGAAAAAAAUGAAAUAUUUGGCUUAGUUUUCUAUUAAAUAAGAAGUUUAUUAAUUUUUUUUAAUGUUAUCCCCCCCAUAAAAAAGACAUAAAACUUCUGAUUCACAUUUAUAAUAUUACUUAAUAGAGUCUGUAACACCAAACUUACAUCCACAAGAAUAUUCCAUUCAUCACAGUCCUGUGCUUUCCUUUCGAGUUGCUUCCAGGGUAUACCAUACUUUGCGCGUCUGCCUCUAGCUCGCGUCUCCAUUUAUUAUUUGGCCUUCCUAUCUUUCUUUUUCCCUGUGGUUUCUAUGUUAAGGAUUUCUGUUGGCGCUGUCUGGGGGUUUUCGGAGAGUGUGCCCUAUCCACCUCCAUAUUUUCCGUAUGAUGUCUUCAUCAAUGGGCACCUGGUAUGUCCUUUCCAGUAGAUCUUUGUUGGUGAUGGUAUUUGGCCAUUUGAUGUUCAGGAUCAUUAUAAGGCAUGUGUUUAUAAAGGUCUGUACUUUCUGCGUAAUGCUCGCUGUUGGAGCAGAAACUUGGAAAAUAACAACAGUGUAACACCAAAGAAUGAUCCAUAAUGGCAGAUCAUCUGCUUUUAUGACAGUUUGUGAGUUAAUAAGAUAAUUAUUUUGCAAAUAGAUCUGCAACAGAGGAUUCAGCAAGUAAAAAAUUUUAAACAUACUGGAAUAUAAGCAGGUGGCCUAAAGCAGCAUGUAACCAAAAAUGCUAGCUUAUGGGACGUCUGCUGUAUACCACUAGCAAAGUUGUAAAACAUUUGGAACUGCUAUUUGUUAUAUUAAUUCUGAAAAUAUUUGAUUUCCAACAUGAAUUCACAACUGUUACCAAAAUAGAAGUUAAAGUUUGUUUGUUUAUUUUUUCCACAGGAUGAAGCAGAGAAGAUGAUCAAUGAACUUCUGACUGACAUGUCAGAGAAUCUCAAAGAGGUUCUCUUACUUUUGCUUUGAAUUCCUAAUAAUUAAAUUUCUCUUCGAAAUACCUACUAUCAUUCAAAUGUUAAGCAGCAGUAGUUAUCAUUAAUAAAUAUUGAAAACCGUUUGCAAAUAAUGAAAUUGUGUGUUGAUUUAUUGCAUUACAGAAAACUAAAAUGAAUGAUUUGUCCCUUAAUCUUCUAGAUUAGAAAACUCUAUAUUACAUAACUUUAAAUAAUUAUUUGAUCAUGUAACAAAACUUGUAUCAAUAUGAAAUUUUUACACAAAUGAUUCUUUAUCAGGUGACCAAAUUAAAUGUUCCCGUUGAUGAAAAUGCUAUGUUUGGUGCUAAGCGCCUGCAUGAAAAGAUGUGUAGAUACUACUUUCUUUUCAUUGGAAGAUUCUCUUCAACAAAGAAGGGAAUUGUUUAUCUGGAGAAGACUGGAAUCAUUCAAACGUAAGUUACCAUUUUAUGGUUCAUUUUAAUACGAGUGUCAAAAUGAUGCAGGGGUCUCAAACACAAAUCAUCCGGGGGCCACAGGAGGCAGAAUCUGGGUGAGACUGGGCUGCAUCAAGUAUUCCACACAAAAAUGCGAUUACAAAUUCAAUAAAGUACAACUGUUACAAUGUGCUCAACCGUUAUUAAUAACAAAUAAAAACAUUAAUGGUUCUCAAGAACUAGGCUUCACUUUCUUCCUCCUACUCUUUGUUGCCAGAGAUCUGGCAGCGCUUCUUACACAGCUGAGCAGCAUUUGGCUUGAGUGAGGAAUCAAAUGAAACACUCAGUAUAGCUUGAAAAUGCUCAUCAGUAAGUUUGGUCCUGAACUUUGACUUGUUAAAGUUCAUAGUAGAAAAGAGCUUUUCACACAGAAUGAAUGCUCUCAUAAAUUGUCCAUGCUUGCCUUUCCCUGUUUUUCCAUUCACCUCCCUGAACAUAGAAUUGCACUGAAGAUCAAUCAGCUCCAUUUGAAGCACAAGGGGGAAGGGGGUGGCAUUUUCCACAUUGAAGGAGAAAGGGUCAGCAAAAAUUUGAAAAGAGGCUCUGUGUGUUUUGAAGUCUGCAAACCUGUGAUCAAAUUCUUCCUGUAGCUUUGCAAUUGCAUCAGUAUACUUACUACUGAAUGGUAUGCAUGAAUACUUUUCAUGUUGGGAAGUGGCAGCAGUUUCUUUAAGAACCAUAGCACAAGUUUUGUGCAGAAUGCCCUUACAUUGUCAUUGGCAACACUGACAAGAUACCCCUUGUCUUGUAACUUCUUGUUGAUUACAUUCAGCUCCUGUGUAAUGUCAACAAAAAAAAGCCAAGUCCAUGAGCCAUUUAGGAUCACUUAGUACAUGAGCAACCAUCCCAUUCUUCUCCAUCAAGGCUUUAAAUGCUAAAACAUGUUCAAACAUUAGGCAGGAGCAGGCAAUAUUUAUGAAUUAUUGAUGCGAAGGAAGUUGCCAUUGUAAAGAGAAUGAACUUUGAGGUUUUUUUAUCACAGAAAGACCUUUUUGGCUAACCCUAUUUUGAAAUUGACCAAGCUGACAGGCUCGGAAUUUCCCUUACUUCUAAACACUAGCGGAAAUUUUAAUAGGGAUUCUUUGAUUCUGUUUCAGAUUGCUACGAUUUACACAAUUAUGGUUGUGCAUUACCCACUAACUGACUUUUAAAACUUUUGAUAUAUAUGUAUACAAUAUUCGAAGCGUGUUUUCUCAAAACCAUCUUUGACCAUGUUUAUCUCAUAAAAUAAAAACUUUUAGUCCGAAUUUUAACAGUUUUUACUAUUAUAAUCAACGCCCAUAAUUAUACAAACAUAAUAAAUAUCAGAAUUAGAAUAGUCGGUGAGAUUCGACUAAAACUGUCACCAAGGGUCACAUUAUAGAUAUCUGAAUGGGGAAAACGCGCGGGCCGCAUUAACACUAAACUUUGCUGUCAUGUAGUGGGUCGCAAAAUAUCGUCUUUGAGACCCCUGCUGUAAUGUAUUUCUUACCCUGUGAGAAAUAUAAAUAUUUUUUUUUAUAUUUGCAGCCUACUUGAACUUAUGUCACCAUCUGCAAACAUUUUGUAUGUGAAGUUAGCCAUUUCUGCUUUAAACUUUUCGUUAGAAGGAUCAGCCAGACCAGUUCUCUCCAAAGCUUUGACAGCAACACAAGAUGUAAGCUUUGUUUAAAAUAUCAUUCUAUAAUUUGUACUAAACUGUAUUGCUGUAUUCUAGGUAAAACAGUUGGCUUGCAUGCAUUAAGAGCCUCAUGAAAAAUAACAAGAAUUAGAAUUGAAAAUAUUGAAAUUUUGAUACACUGGAAAUGUGUUGUUUUUUAAAAAUUAUUAUGCACCUAUGAAUUAACCUAACAUUUGUGUGGACAUAAUGACUAAGUUUUAACUUUUGGCUUUCUCGUGCUUUCAGGUGUGUCGUUUGUACGCCACUAAAAUGUUGAGAGUGUUGAUGCGUGCAGGAACCCCAGGGUUCCAUCAGUGGGGCAUUGAACUUCUGGUCACUCAGCUUUAUGACCAGGAAAAAAGCAUAGUGAUGUCAGCCAUCAAUAUUCUGGAUGAGGCUUGUGAUAAUGAGGUAGAGAGCAUGGACUUGCCAACCAUCUGGGUUGAUAAUGUUAAUAAGAGAGCAUGAUUUCUUUGAUAAACUAAGUUUUCUGAUACAUGGUUGAGAUUGACAAGUCUUUUAACCAAAUGCCCCAUAUCAAAAGUGUCAUAUUGGUAACAUUUUAGUAUAUUUUCAUUCAUUCAUUCAUUCCUUCAUUGAUAUAUUGGUAUACUGAUUUUUUCAUUAAUAUAUUGAUUCAUUCAUUGAUACAUUUCUUUCAUUGAUAUAUGGCUUGAUGGCCAUCAUCCUAUUGAACUGACUUAAAUUCAUCACGUUCAUCUGGUUACUUUUUAAAAUCAGAAUUUGAAAAAUAAAACAAAAAGGCAAAACCAAAAAGGUCUAGGAAUAUACUUCUAAAUAAGUUUUGUUUGCUUGUACUAAGACUUGAUUUCUUAAAUAUUCAAGGAAAAUUUGAAAAAUCUCAUCAAACUUCGGCCAUCACUACUUCAUCUGGGAGAAAAGGGUGUCAUGUUGCUGACACGAUUUGUCUCAACGGUUCAGGGUUUCAGAUCCCUCAAUGAUGCCAACUUCAUAUUUACUCAGCUAGAACAGUGGCACAAGGUCAAUAUAACAUAUCAUGUCUUGUGGCUCUUCAACUUUUUCAAUCCAUAAAACUCCUUCAAACAUUUUUUUUUUUUAUAAAUGUAACAUUCUAAUAGAUGUAAAUUUUAAAAAUUUGAGUUGGAUAUGAAAUUAUAUUGAAUUGAUUUAAGUGCAUAUUAAAAAAAAUUCCAGUGUUAUACUAAAAUGUAUUUCAAUUUAUUAUAGAUUAUAAUUAUUUGAAUUAUUGAUGUGUUGUAUCUCAAUUCUCAAAGGAGUUGUAAGGGUGUUAAACUAUUCUAUUUGUUUUCAGUCUUUCAAUGAGCAGUAUGUAGAUAUUGUAGAAGAAAUGCUAAAUGAAGCUCUGACAACUUAUGAAAAGACUUUCAGUGGCUCUUGUCCCAGGCGUUCUAUACUGAAGUAAGUUAAAUCAGUUGUAAUGUGGAGAAGAAAUACAUAGAAAAUUUAAGAGUUUUUAGUUAUUAAAAAGUAUUUGACUUGUUAUUUUUUUUUUUAAAUUCACCCAUUUUAUUCAAUUGCAGGGGUCCAAAAAAAGAUGUAUUUCUUCCAACCCAUCUUUAUGGUCAACUAACUAUGCAUGAAGAAGGACUGGAAUAUUUGCAAAAACAGGUUGAGAAUUCAUUUGAAACCUUCAUUUUACAAAGCUAUGUGUUUUAAAUGGGGAAAUAUACCAUUUCUGAUCAUACAAAACAUUCAGUGGUAGAUAUAAUAUUAAUAGUGCAUGUUACUAGUUAAAAUCAACACUGUGUAAAGCUUGAUUAAAAAUUGUGUUUCUUCAAUGCAUUAUCCAAUGUAUUUGCCUACUUUUCUUUCCCAUUAUCACUCACAGUCUGUAUUCUUUAAUUAUUAGGAAUGUAUCAAGCAGUAUUUCAGUUGCAUACUUCAACAAAAUUUAAUAAACAGUCAAGAUAUUCGGGCUCUAAAAACGGCCUUGUGGGCAGUGGUGAGUUCUUUAAUAUUUUAUAUUUCUGAUCUAAUUAAUAAUUAUUUAAAUUUAAAUUAAAUAAGUUUUUAAACAGUGUGAUCAUUUUGAGAUCGUGCUAAAAACUAAAAUAUUGUUUACUUCUGCCAUAUUUUGUUAAGGAUGAUUAAAAACAAGUCAGCAAACAUAAAUUUUAGAAAAGUGAUUUUUCUCAAUUGCUACUGACAAAAUUCAAAUUAUUGUAUUUCAUAUUUCGCAGGGUCAUAUUGGUUUGUCUUGUGAUGGGCUGGCAUGGCUAGAAUCCGAGAAAGUUAUUCCAGAAAUUAUAAGACUAGCUGAAGAAAGUGGAGUUUUUUCUAUCAGAGGGUAACACAAGAUUAUAUCAUUAGUAUAUUAGUAUAAAACCAGAAUUAAGCCAAAAAUAAUAUAGCUAUUGAAAUUUUCACAUCUUAUUUUGAUCAUUCCAUGUUUCGGCUUAAUAAUGUUUAGCUCGACAUAUAGAGCCAAUGAAAGGGCCUGAUCUUAAGUACAGAAAAAUUAUUCAGUUGUUAUUGCGUGUGCAGUCCCAGUAUCCAGGCCCCCUCUGUGCUCAAACUGACCCACUCGGCCUUAGUAAUUGGGUUGGCUCUGACAAUUAUUACAUGUCAUAACAUUCUCAAAACUGCUCAACAGAACUGCUUACUUUGUGUUGGGGCUGCUUGCUUGUACAAGAAAAGGUACGGAUAUUCUAAACGAGUUUGGAUGGGAAUCAAGAUGUCAUACCAGGAAGGUAUAAAUACAUUGCAUAUGAUGGGGAAAGUAAUAAUCAAAUUUCUACAUGGUCACGUAUAUGGUAGAAAAAUAUGGAGCUAUUUAGUCAGAGCUUGAUAAAAACAAUGGCCAGUUUAUAAUCAGUAACAAAAUGAGUACAAUGACCUUUUUGGGCUUUGAUUGAUAUAUAUCUAUUAUUUUAAAAACAUCAUCAUCAGAACCAGAAGGUUAUUUACACAAUUAUAAUUCGAAUAUUUUUAACUCUUUUUUUCACUAGGAAAUGUUUCCAGUUUUGGACCAGGAUGGCUGGAUGCAUGGUUCUAUGGAAGAGGCUCUUUUCAUAAGUGACAGAAUAGCAUCCUCCAAUAUUCAGAGUGAAAGUCAUCGUCUUUCUUCAAUGGGCAGCAUGGGCCUGUCGCUCAUUCAGGAAGAAACAUUCAUGCGCCCAACUAGCUCUAAACCUUCAAGUCAGAACACCCUUCGAGCUUCCGUGUCUUCCAUCCAUUCAGCGAAAGACCCUUUAUUGAGACACUCUUCUGCCAUGCCAACACAUUAUCAUAAUGUUCCCCCGUACACGUCUCCUCCCAACCUAACAGUGCCUAAUGUUGCCUUCAGCCAAACUUUGCCUUAUGGAUCGGAAGAUUUUGUUCGGUUGGGUCCGGUCCCGUCAAGGUCAAGAUCAGAAAAAUUCAUUCCAAAUAAAGCUGGGGAGUUGCGUCCUCGUGCUCAGACUGGUGAUAAAACAACUCUGAUUGCCCCUGGUGGUGUGUCCACAACAAAGUAUGAAUCGGUUCCUGUCAAUAUAGACUCCAUUAAUCUAGGUAUUAUCAACCCUUACACAACGAAUGAUCUUGGCAGAGUGAGGAAAUCAUCUUCACGUGACUCCAUCCAAUUAAUUGCUUCCCCUGUUGUCAAAUUGAGAACUAGCUCGGAUGAGGAUUCGGCCAUUCUUUCUGACAACUGUGAUUCACAAUCCAAUGACAACAGUCACAUGGCCACAUUUGUCACUGACAUUUCAACUUCAGGCACCGUACAGAAUGGCACAGCACAUUCCCAUGUAGAUAGUAAUGCAGCAGAGGGUGAUGCUUCUCACAAACUUUCAUUUACACCUCACAGUAACUCUACAAAGGAUAUCGUCAGUUUCAAAAUGGGCGGCUCGUCACUCCUUAGCAAUAAAGACAGCAGCAGCAGUGACAGUUCCAACCGUAGCAAGAGCAGGGGAAGCAGUUUUAAUACAACGGACACCAGUGGUGUUGGAUCAUGUGACUCCAAUGCCAUGCCUGCACCGGGCAGUAACACAUCUUCAAGUUUGAACAAUGCUCUGACCCCCAUACCCAGCUCAUCUUCCCUCUCCACUCUUGCAGCACCGACCAGCCUUCUCUUGCCCACAGAGCCGGUCAAAGAACCUGUACAUCACUCUGCUUUACAGCGCAGUCUCUUUAAACUGUCUCGUAUUCCCAGUGCCAAGAGGCGAUCUGCUUCUCCUGCUCUGGGCAUUACACCUAAUGGACAGACUUAUACGUCUCAAAGGGAUGCGUUGGGAUAUGCAACUUUAAGAAAUAUCAAACGACAACGAACUUAUAGCACUGAAACGGACGGAGAUAAUGUUAGCCACCUAGAAACUCCUUCACUGCAUCGCACUGUUAGUCAAGAUUCAGAGAUAAGUGUGGAGAGUAAUAUGUGGCUGAGGUGAAUUUUAUUUAUUUGCUUUAAAAUGUUUAAUUAAUUUGUUUUUAUAGCUGGUUUAUUGUCACUGCAUUUAGCAUCAAACAAAUUUGUUAUGGUUCAACUCUCAAUGAAGUCUCAUCAGAUUCUAUUUUAGUGGUUCUAUUUGUUUCACUAACAUAUUCAAACUUUUUAUUUGAUAUAAUCAUAAGUUUUGAUCACAUGACAAAAAAUGUUAGGUGAAAACUUGCAAUGAUAACUUAUUCAUUGUUUGCGAGUGUAGAUUUCCAUUGUCAAACUAUCAUAAUUGAUCCCCAUAGGCUGUUUAGCACACUAAAAGAUCUCAGUAUUAAAUUAACAACUGAAGCAUCCCCAAAGUUUGAGGUGGCCCAAGUAAAGUGGUUACGGUCAAAUUAGUAUUAUUUUGACUGAGUACUAUCACAGGAUAUUUAUACAAUUUAGGAAUGAGUACUAUCACAGGAUAUUUAUACAAUUUUGGCAUAAAUUGUACGAUUCUGAGAUGUAUUUUACGAUUGUACGCCAAUACCCGUCAGAACUACAAUUUUACAAGACUGAGUUUUAAAAAAAAAAUUUACGGUGGUGUUUACAACUUUUUAAAAAAAAAUGUUAACGUUUUCUUUUAUUAGUUUUAGUUCUUUUCUAUAGCCUGCGGUGAAUGCACAGAGAAAUAUGUUGGGCUGAGGACAGUCCUUAAUUAUAUCAUGUAUGGUGGAAAGGGGGUGGAAAGCACAUGUGUGCAUGAGAGGGGUGGGGGGAGGUGUGUAAACAUUUUUAAAGGCUAUAAAAUAACACCAUGUUUCGAAAUCAUCGCUAGAUACAGCAAGAGUAAUAUUUCAGAAUAAUUUAGCGUUGUUGCCCUAGUAACAAAUUUGGUAAACAUCCACCUUUGCUUUAGUGCUGUAUGAUGUAAUUUUGUGACAUAAUUAUGUAGUUUUUCAGCUGAACAGCAGCAGCUGCAAAAACGGAGAAAAAUAUGGAUAUUAUUUAGAAUGCAUUCUCAACUGCUCCGCAUAUAUUUUAUAAGAUCUAGCAAGCGGUCUUUGAAAUCUGUUUAAGGAAGUCACUAAGCAGCUGUACAAUUUUAAUACACCAGCCCUACUGUUCUCCCAAUACAGCUUGUAGUUCUUAAAAUAUAAUAUUUUAACGGAAAAUGAUAUCUGGCUCCUAUGUCUAAUGCAAAUGGGGGAAAUUUGCUGCCUGCCCCUUUAAAAAUUGUGGCUGACGGAUAUAUGACAAAUAACUUUUUCCUUCAUUCCAAUUUUUGCCUUAAUGGCACAUUUCAAAUCUAUAGGCCUAAACGUCAUUUUUGUGUGCUGGUAUGAGGUAUUUCAGUGUAUCCACCCCUUUUUAGACUUAUUUAAAAAAUAGAUUGAAAUAAGUAAUCAAUUAGAAAACAAUUUUACUACUAAAUAGAAAGGAUUUAUCUUAACACGGCUAGGUAAGGGGUACCUAAUUUUUCACAACCAUUAUGAUUAAAUGAAAAAAUGAUGCAAGACUAUAUUCAGUUGUAAUCAAAGGUGCAUCCCUGGAUUUUGAAGUUAUAAAAAUAAUUCUAGGGAGUAGGGCUCAGCUUCCUCCCAAACCCCACCCUUACUUUUGCUCUGGUGACCUCAGUGGGCGUCUUCAAUCCUCCUCCCUCCCCCCCCCCCCCCCCCCAUCCCAUCAUUGAAGUGGCCAAUAACGAGCACCCUGUUAUUAGCAAUAGUGAGUGCACUGUACAUAAAUAUAUAAAUUUCAGUCAUCUACUUUGAGAAGAGACCUUAAUUUGACAUGCGAUGCAAAUAGUUAUUUGUAUACAUUAUACUUUAUGUUAAUUUAUUUACUAUUACAAUAUGGUAUUGUGCAAUUUUGAAAUGGUAUGGUACUAUUCUGAGACUAUCUAGUACUUGUUUGGGAUUUCCAGUGUAACCAGGUCUGCAGGAGCAAUAUUUUUUUGGACCAAGCAGUGGUUAUGAUUAGAGCUUAUUGAGUACUAUCACAGGAGUCAUAGUUGGGUUGGACCAAGCCGUGAUAAUAAUGGGGCUUAUUGUCAAAUCAGUGUUACCGUGUACUAUGACAGGAGUCAUAGGAGGGUCAGACUAAGCAGUGGUUAUGAUAGGGCUUACUAUUAAAUCAGUGUUACCGAGUACUAUCACUGGAGCCGUAGUUGGAACAGACCAAGCAGUGUAUUUUUGUUUUUAGAUAGAUUUCUCUAGCAGUUUUUUUUAACAAAGUUAUCCUAAUUUCAUAAUUCAUGUAAUUUUCUUCUCAAAUACAAGAUAUAUAUUUAUAUAUUUAGUCAGGUAAUAGAUACGCCUAUAUUAAACUACUUUUCUUUCCCAGUAUAAGAAGAAAUGUGAGCAGCGUAUCUUUGCAAGACCAAGAUGUGCCAGCCUCACCCAUUGCUAGCCUUAAUCGAGCCGCCUUCAAGCCUCAAUCGCCUGGCAACCGUUUUGUUGGUAUCACACUCCCUGUUGACAUUAAAAUGAUUUUUGAGGUUUGCUUCUCUCAUUGAAUAUUUGAAUAGUUUCAUAGCACUUGUAAUAAAGUUUUUCUGAAAUGAUAUUUUAAUUUCAAUUUUGGGAAAGUCAUUCAGAAGCAAGGGGUUGGAAGGUUAUACAUUUAUAGGUUAUGUCAGGCAGAAAUAUUGCUAGGUUUAUUUCAAUAUAUGGAAAGUCAUUUAGAAGCAAGGUGUUAGAAAGUUGUACAUUUAUAUGUUAUGGCUGGAAAUAUUACUAGGUUUAUUUCAAUAUUGGGAAAGCCAUUCAGAAGCAAGGGGUUGGAAGGGUAGACAUUUAUAACAGUUUUUAAUAACUUUUUAAUGCUGUAAAAUUUCAAUUAUCAUAACUUAAGGAGUAGCCUAAUUAUGGAGUUUUUUUUUUGUUUUUUUUUUAUUAAGAACAAUAUCUCUAAGUUGUAAAGAAAGGGUCACUAAAGCAAUAUCUCUAAGGUGUAAAGAAAGUGUAGCUAAGAACAAUAUCUCGUGAGUUGUAAAGAGAGUGUCAUCUAACUUUUAGGAGAGAAAAAAAUUCCUGUCAUACAAAUAACUUGAAUGUAAUUAGAACUUCUUGUCCCAUCUGUCCGUUAUGAAAUGUUUGGUACCUUACUUUUUAUAACAAGUUCCUUAUCAUGAUAACCUUGAUUGAACAGGUUGUUGAAGGUGAGGACAGAAGAACAUGUUCAACUAGUAGCCUGGGGAAAUUAGAACAACCUCCAGGUAAGACAUGUUGAAGUCAACUCAUCUUAUGUUUAUACAUUUACAGUGUAGACUAAUCCUUUUAUUACAAUUCAAAUUCAAUUAGCUAUCUUUACUAUGAAUUAUAGCAGGGGUUCUCAACCUGCAGGCACUAUUUGUUUUAGUUCAAUUUAUUAUAAAACAUAAUUAUUUUUUAUUGCAAAGCAUUAUGAUACAAGUCUUGUAAUCAAGGUUAGACAGGCUUUUACUCAACCAACUUUCUAGGGUUCUUCGCGACGAUACCAUAAUGUGUAACUUUAAUGCUGGGAACAUCUCCUCAUCAGUACUCAUUAUUUCAGUGAUCACAGCUUCAACUUCACUUCAUUAGUAGACAUUACUUCAAUGAUGACAUCUCCAAAUUUAGGGGAAAAUUUGUAGUAUAAAACUGAUUUCGACAUCCCUUUAAACUAGGGCCCCAUGGAAUUCCUUUUGUUCUUUCAAUAAGCUCCUUGAUAUUAUCAUUGAUAAUUUUCAUGGAAUCAAGAGUUCUAGACAAUAUAUUCAACUAAUUGUUUAAAAAUUAAAUGACUUUAUAUUUUAAAAAAUUUCUAGGCAAUAAACUGAAAUUUUUAAAAAGAAAGUUAGGCAAGGGCUGAUUUUUCCUGAUUUUAAUUCUUUUUUUUUUUUUUUAAAAAAAGGCUCACGCCAAAAUAAUAAUUUAACUUAUCCGAAACUUCCAUCUUUAAAAAAAAAAGAAAACGGAUGCUGGGUCUGUCUCUUUGAUUGGAGAGGAGGGAGAAAUCAUGGGGGCUGAAAUUUUUUUGAUGAAUUCAAAAUGCAAAGAUCCAUUUUGGCGUAUACUUAGAUGUCCAUUCUUUGUUGAAGGUCUGGACCUUGUCUUCAAUAGACCUAAUUAUUUUUUUGGUGCUCCAAUAUUUAUUUCAAUUAUUUUUCUUAAUAUUAUUAACGAAUCAAAUUAUUCUCAUAAUAGUGAAUAAUUCAAACAACAAAAUUGUUAAACUUUCAAAUAAUUUAAAGUUCACUUGUCAAGCCUUUGAGGCCGCUAUUAUUUCAACAUAGAGAGUGAUAAUGCUGCUGCAUACUGUGGGAGAGAGCUUAGAAAUGCUGUGCUGCAGUUUUUAGAAGUUUCAUUCGAACGCUUAUGAUAUCUUUGGACUUGUUUGCUUGGUCAGAUUUUUUCAGAGAAUUCUGGGUUUAUUUUAAUAUAUAUUAUUUGAAGAUGGGCUUCAACAAAUCACUGCCAAUUCAUUUCACAAAUAAGCAGUGUGAAAUUCCUGUCUUUAGUAUAUUACAGUUUUACAAUUUUGCACUGCUAUUAUUAAUUUUCAAGGUUUUCUGAAGAAAAUCAUUUGAAAAUUUGUUUAUUUUAUUGAAACAUUAAUCCAGUUCCCAGAAUGUCUUGCGAGCCACAUAAAACGUCUCGGCGGGCCGCAGUUUCCCCACUCGCGCUUUAGUUUAAAAGUAACAAAUAUUUUAGUUAUUGGUAAGUGAAAUGAACCAUCAGUUUUGGUUACACGUGUAACUUAAAAAUAAACUGAAGGGUACUCACUUACCUAGUUUAUUAAAGACAAGUACAAGGAAUACAAUUAUACUGGUAGAGAUAUUGAUAAAAGUACAUUAGCCAAAAAUGUGUAAGCUACUAUUGUAACCAUUCAGAGGGAACAAAAUAUUUAAAUUGUGACAUUUCUCAUACUUUUAGCGAUCUAUUGUUUGAUUGAGCUAUCUGAAACCUGAUCACAUUAUAUUUCUUAUUCCAGAGGUAAGAGGAAUAAGUAUUGCAGUGCCCCCUUUAAAAAAAGAGAUAUCUUUUGAGCACAGUACUGAUAUCUGUUUGCUCUGCAAUAGAUUCCGGAAGAAGGUGGUUGCAUCGACAGUGAAAUCAGGUAAGAGAGUUCUUGAUAGCAUUCAUGUGUAAGCUCUGCAAACCCAACUGUCAAACAUGUCUAAUCUUGUUACUGGCAAAAUCAGUUCAUCCUUGUGCUAAUGAAAGUUGUAUUUGCAGUGACCGCUGUAUCGAAGCAUCAGGAAACUGAGUUGAUGCGAGCAGAUCAAGGUGAAGCAGUGCACUCUCUGUCUGAUGUUGGCAGGACAAGGGGAGGUAGUAUCAAUGACCACUCUUCAUCAGCAACACCAGGUAGUCAGACUAGCAGCUCCAGCACACAUGAAACGGGUAUGAUUUUAAUUUCAGUUUUGAUUUAUGUUUGUAUUACUUAAGCUUCAUUGCUGAUUGUAGCCUGCAGAGAACUGCAUUCAGGUUGAAGCAAUAAGAAAAAUAAAACACUGGGUCAGGGAAAACCUGAAAAAAUUAAUAAAAACAACAGGCGUUUCAAUAGCAAAAAAGACGAGAGAAUAAAAAACACAACUUUUUAUGGUAGAAGCCUCUAUGGAAUCAUCUAAUAAGGUCUAAGAAUUUGGGGAUGAGGUUUCAACAUUGCUGAUAAAAGUUCAACAGAGAGUGAUGAAGAUGGCCAGAAAGUAAUGUCAGUAUUUGUUAGCUAUAUUAUUGAUAAAAUGGUUCAACGUGAAGUGAUGACGAUCACCAGAAAUUAAUGUUGGCCACAUUAGUGAUGAAAUGGUUAACCUGAAAACACAAAUACUUGUCUCAGUCAAUUUUAUCUACAAAAAUAUAGAAUAUUAUAUGGAAAUGAAAUAAACCCAUAAUCAUAACUGUAUGCUCUAUUUAAGAUUUUCGUUAAUGUAGCUAAUGAGACUCUUCGAGUAAAAAAUUUACUUAUUUCAUAAAACAGCUGCAAAAAAACUGACUGAAGAUAGCGAGGAAGGUAGACAACUCAUUAGACUUGAAGUAAUGAGACUGAUUGUUAAUCUUGGUAGUUCUGUUGGCUUGAAAGGAUCUGAAACUGGUUUAUUAAGGUAAAAUAAAAUAGCAAGUGAUUUGGUCUGUAUGUCCAUUCAAUAUUCCCAGUGAGGCAAAUGUGUUCCUAUGAAAUAAAUAUUUUAACUUUACUUAUUCUGUUCCUCAUGUUCUUAUUUUUUGUUGUGUUUUUUUUUUUAGUUUAUAUUUCAACCUUCAUUUUCUUGUAUUUAUAUCAUUAACUGAGAUAACUCGAUCUUUUUAAUCUUAGAAAUUUGUCAUUUUGUCUUUGUUUAUUCUGAAAGGGAAUUUAACCAAAACAUUUGUCAAGCUCAAUGAAAGUAAGAAUAAUAUAAAUUGUGUAAAAGAAAAUGAUGAUGUUAAUUAUCUAAUUGAAAACUUAUGUAAUCCCAUUGUCUAUUUUGAUCAACAGUUUGAAGCAACGUUUUCCAAAGUGCUUUCAGAGCAUCUGCUUCUACUCUGAGGUGUGCCACUUGUUGUCAACAUAUUCCUAUCGUUUGUUGGCCAGGAGAUUUAUUCAAGAGUUGUUUGAUGAGUUGGAUAUU